AUGCCUUCAUUAACGCAAAAGGAAGAAUUGACAAAAUUAAGGUAUUUAGCAAAUAUUUAUUCUUUUAUCUACCUGAGAGACUUCGAAAAGAGAAGCAGCUAGCAAGUGCGAGGUGUGAUUAUAUAUUGUUGGUAUUUUAUAUAAAUGACAGGAUUAUUUGUUUUGUGUUCUAAACAUAAUUUAGAUUCAGAUAGCUUCAACAACGCAUCUCAAGGAAGCUCUUCUGCUACUAUUUUUGGGUUGUGGAUGAAAUUAACAAUAUACUCAAGAUUUAAUCCUAUUUUACAAUAUUUCUCAACCGGAUUUAUAGUACCGACUGCUUAUCUUGCAUUACUAUUCUUUGUUGAUAUCUUAUUUAUAUAUUUCUUUGCCCAGCUUGCAAAAAAAUCAACCAAAAUACAUGAAAAUAAUUACAAGUUGAAUUAUAAUAAAAUAAUGUUUUUAGGUAUGUAUAUUGAUUUAUUUCGGUGGUUUUUAUUGCAGCUUAAAACUGAAAUAAUUUUUGCUAAAUUCUUAUGCACCUAUCCUUCACAAGGAUAACCAAUAACUUUUGAAAGCUCCAAUCAAUAACUUUGUAGCUAUCUGCCUAGCUUUUAAAAUUUGAGCAGCGGAGAAAGCUUGACGAUUACGGUAUUGUGCAUACUAAAUAUAUUAUCGCUAAUAUUUUGCUUCUCUUUAGUAUUUGUAAUUAAUCACUCUGCAGAAUUCACUCCAUCUAAUCCCUUCAAAUCGAAAUACUCUGAAGUGAAAUUCUUAGAGUAUCCACUAAUUGUUAUUACUCAAUAUCUUGCUUUCUUUCAUGAUAAUACAUAUGUUUAUAUAUUUAUAAAUAUCAAAAUUGCUUAUUAUUUAUUUGAGUUCAUCAGUUUUUUCCCACUUUUUAGGGCAGACCUUACUGGAUAUUAUUUGAAAAUUUUAGGAAUAUUUAUUUACUGCUCUGUAUUGAUGACAUUAAGAGAAUUCACUAAUUACAUUCAAGAGUCCUUUCACCUUGAGUUACUAUUUAUAGGAUCUUCUUUUAUAUUUGGAUUCCUUUCUAUUCUGUAUAAGUAAAUUAAUAUCCAUGUUCUCACUAUAAAGCUCUCAGAUGAGCCUGUGUCCUACCCAAAUAUAGUUUGCCAGCAUUUUUAUGAAAUUCUUUAACUCUUUUAGAAAUUUCAAGAUUCUGAUUCACAGGCUAAAUUAGUUUUGCAUGGAAUUUUGGCUUCUCAUUAAAGUACGUGCGUUGAUAAAUUCUGUCCAUGUUAAUAUGAUUAAGAAAGAAUAGAUCGAGAAUUAGGUGUAGAAAAAGUCAAAGAAGAAAAUUAAGAAGUAAAAAAUAGAAAGAAAAGGGAUACUGUUUCUCCUCAACAAAUCAAAGAAGUAAUUGAAGCAAAAUUAGAAAAAGCUGAUGAUUAGGAAAUCGAAGGAGUUUACUUCACAGAUCUCAUGAAUAAGCCAGAGCAAUUCUAAAAGUGGUUAUAUGAAUUUAUCAACUAUCACUUUAGAUACUUGAUUUUCAAAUCUAAAAAAGAAAGAAACUAUAAUAUUGAAGAUUUGAGUAUAAAGUAUUGGUUUUUUCUUGUAAACGAUAGGCACAAUAUAAUCAAUGGUUUAUAUACCAUCAAAUCAUAACUUGAAGAAUUUACUAGUAAAUCUUAUUUUAUCAAAGUUAUCGAUAUUGUAAUCACUAGAUUUAUUGAAAACAAUAUUAAGCAGAAAGACAAGUCUCUUAAAUACUCAUUCAGAAAAAAAGAUAUGGAGGAAGCAGUUUAGUAUGAAGUUUUUGAAUAGUUUGUCUUGAGUGAAGUAAUAAAAGAUAAAUUUAAAAAAGAUCUUAUUUUGUUGAUAGAACAAAAAGUAAACUUGAUGCAAUCUAUGAUAGAAGGCUAUGAAGAGUUAGACACUAUGCAAAAUCAAAUGAUUACCUUAAUAGAUGAGUCUAUGAGGUUAGAGAGUUUGGUUAAGAGUGAACUCAGUUAUUCUUAACAAAAUUUAUAUUAUUUAAAAAUGCUCUCUAUAAUGAGAAUAAGAGUUUAAAAUGAUCCAAUAUUUGCAACUAAGAUAGAGAAAAAAGUCGAUGAGAUACAUGCAAAGAGUUUAGCAUAAGAUUAAAAUCUUAUACACUCAAUCACUGUGCUUAACGGAAAUGUUAUAUCAAUUAUAUCUAGUUUUAAAAAAGAGAAAGGAAAAAUUUUGAAAUAUUCCGAAAGAACUCCUUAAUUCUUUGGAUAUAAAAAAACAGCUUUUGAUUCAAGUGUCAAAAGUAUAUUGCAACUUAUGCCAAGUAUUAUCUCAACAAAUCAUGAUUAAAUCAUUGAGAGGCUUAUCGUUGAUGGCACUCCUAAAAUUAUGAGAAGAUACAGGAUUGCAAUUGCAAAAGACAAAGAAGGCUUUUUGUUUCCAAUAAAAAUCUAUGUCAACUACUACUUUUAAAUCAAUGAUGAUUUUGUCUUUUCUGCUCUCAUUCUUAAGCUAACUUCUUAAUCAAGCUAUCUCCUUUUAAAUACAAGUUACUAAAUUGAAGGAACUAACAAGUCUUUUCUAUAAUUUUUUAAUUAGCUAGAUGAAAAUGUAACAAAAGAACUACUAGAAAAGAUUCCUAUCCAGCUAUUCCUACCUGAUUUACCAGAAACAAUUAAAAAGUUUCAUCAAACUUAACUUAAAAUGGAGGGACUGAAAUUACCAAUGAUUAUACCAGAAAGCUGCUCAAAAUAUUUUAUGGGAUAUAAAUCUUUCCUAAAAAAAAUGUAAGGAAGAGAUUACAGUGACUCAAAGCUUGUAGAUAGUUUUAUGAGCUAAAGCAAAAAAUUCUUUAGAGAAGAUGUGUACAUAUUUGACUGGACAGUAAAUGUGAUUCAGGAGGAUUUUAACUUAUUAAAUGGAUUUUCGUUUACUGUUUUUCUUAUUGAAAUUUAAAAUAUUUAACCUAUCUAAAUCAUCUAAAAUGGCUUAAAGACAACUAUGAAAACAAAUACAGAGUAAGAUUCCUUUAUUCCUAAUAAAUCAGUAAAUACAACUUCGAAGGAGUAGUCUAAUUAUUAUAAAGGUAAUAAAAAAUCUCCGUUUGAAUUUAAUUCAACAAUGUUUACUCAUCAAUACUCACAAGAUUAAAUAAAGAAAAAAUUCCACUUCAAACAUGGCUAAUCAAUAAACAACGAUACUCAGGAAAUGAAUUCAGAUUAAAGGUCCAUGCUUAUGUCUUCAAGACAAGAUAUCUCCCCUUAAAAAACUAAGUAAGAAAAUCAAUAGGAAAAUAUCCUCAAAUAAAAGUAUAACAAUAACUCUCCAGUCAUCCAAUCCUAAAUAAAUAUGAAUGAAAUAAAAGAAUAAAAAUUAAAUAGCGAUGAUAAUUUAAAAAAAUAAACUUCUAUCUUAAAGAAAGAUAAUAAUAUUAGCUUUUCUCUAGAUAACACAGAAUAGUAUUUAAACCCUAAUAAAAAUCAUGGAUAGAGAUUCGAUGAAGUUAUAGAUAUGACUGAAGAUGAAAUGAAUAAACUUAGGAGAUCUUAUGAUGAAAUUGAUGUUGCAAAUGCCCAUGGCACCACAAAAUAGUUACCUAACUCAUAGUUUCCAGCUAGAAUGGAGUUAAUUAAUAAUUAGCAAAUGUGUGUUGAAACAAACAGAAGUAAUAUUUCUUAAUAGCAAGAAGAAACUGGAGAAAAUCAAGUAUAACUUAAGCAGUAAGAAUUAACUUCUGCUUAGUAAGUAAAAAAUCCAAAGGCUACUUUAACUAAGAGUUUAAGUAAGUAAGAAGUCGGCUAGUAAGGUACAAAAGAUCAAUUAGUUAAAUUAAAAAGUAGUGAAGAGGUAGGUGUAUUGAAGUCUUAGAAAUAAAAUGCUAUGUCGAAAGAAUAGCAAAAAAAUAGAAUGUCUAUUAUUUAAGAGCAAUACAAUGAUAGUGAUCCUGAUAAAUCAAUAAAUUCUUUUAACAGGAUAGAAAGCUAAAAUAACUUAAUUACUUAAUAAUUUGCUACUGAAAAUAUUUAGACAGAUUAAAAUUUAAAUUUUGCAAAUAAAAACUCUCCUUUGAUGAAAGGUGGCUAAGCCAUAAACUUUGAUACAGAUGCAAUAAAUAUUACGGCUUAGGUUAAUAAUAUGACAGAGGUUGAAGGAGUUAAUUAGAUUGUAAAUAACUCAAGGUUUAUAUAAUUAUAAUAAAAUAAUAAUGGUGAUGACAAUGAUCAUGAAGAAGAUCCUAACUAAGAUAAGAAUAAAAGCAGAGCUAACUUUUUAUUUAAUAGUUAGCAAGUUCUUACCAGAGGAUCUUCUUAUGAGAAGGAUGGAAAUCCUGUUCUUAUGAAUUUAUAGUUUCUCAGAGAAUCAACAAAAUAUUCUAAUCGUAAAUAAAAUCAAGAUAACAAUAAUAAAAAUGACGACUAAGAAUCAGAUGCAGCUACUGUUGAUAAAGAUAACUAACAGCAGAGUUUUGAAGAUGAAAGUACAUUAAAGGAAGAGGUUAAACUAAAACCCACGGCAGGGAACUAAAAUGCAAAUAGUGUAGCAUCAAGUCAAAGCAGCCAAGUUAGCACAACGAUUUAGAGAAUUUAUUAUUCAGCUCAAAGCAAGAAAAUGCCUUUUUUUAUGAGUCUAUUUUUCUAAGUAAUAGGAUUCCAGCUAUUAUUUUUUUGUUUGGUUUGUGCCAUAGUUUGCUUGAUAUUCAAUUCUUAGUAUUCAACAUUAAAUGACUUGACGAAUUAGCUUGAUAUCUCAACAUAAAUUCUUACUCCUUAUUCAUAAAAUCUUCUUAGUAUCGAUGCUUAUUCCAUGAGCAAUGAAAGAAUGAUUAAUUUUACUUAGUAAUAUCUAUUGCUCAGCAAUGAAACCUAAACAAGUUCAUUAAAAUAACUUUAAUCAAAUAUUUUUAAUAUGAUAGAUUAGAGUGUUUAGUAUAGCUUCUAGGACAAGUAUCUUUCAACAAUUGUUGAAUCAAGAAUUUAAUCAAGUGGUGUAUAAGUAACUUAAAAUCUUUACUUUUUUGAAUCAGUCAAAUAAGUAUUUGAAAACAUUUAUUAUCUUAGCUAAGUUCCACAAAAAAGUAUCAAAUUAUACAUCGAUGAGAUAUAUAAUUUGAAAAUGAAUUAUUAUCCCAUUGAGUAAGUCAUUACAAAUUAAAUAAAACCUGGAACAAAUUCUUAAAUCAAUUCUAUAGAAAACAGCAUUGAUUAUUUAAAUUAGAACUUCAUUAUUGUAUCUUGUUGUUUGCUUUUCUUUUGUUUUGCUAUGCUUAUAUAUCCUUUUUGGAGAUAUUCUAUAUAUGUUAAAGGUGUUUUACUUAGUGUUUCAAGGAUGACAGAAAAAGAAGCUGAGUAAGAAAUAAUACUCUGUAGGUUUAUUGUGUAGCUAAUGAAAUCGGUUGAUGAAAAAUAUUUAAGUAUUAAAUAUACUAACUUUGAUAUAAAUCAGAUAUAAAACGAGGACUUAGGUAUUUCAAGUCAUUUUAAUCAAUAGUUGAAAAAUAAAACUCAAAAGAACCAUAUGAAAAAAAAUUAUAUGCUUUCAUAGAGAAUCAAUAAUCCAAAGAUUAAGCUUUAUCACUUUGCUCUAUACUUCACAGGAUUAUUUAUAUUUUCUAUUACAAUCUUCGUCAUAGCAUAUUCUAUUAUAUCUAAAUUUAACAACUCAUUGAAUCCUGCUUUAAAUACAUAUCAAAACUAUGUGUAUUCUCUUUAAAAAUAUUCAUCUUUUGCUUAUGCUUCUGAUCAAAUUUUUACUUAAAGAGUAAUCAGAAUUUUUAAAUCAUAAUAUGGCGUUUUGGAUGAUUCUUACAUAACAACUCUUAACACAAAUAAAGCUCUAGAUCUUCAGGCAUUUACUUAAUUUUUUUAGUCUGAUUUUUUGUAUUUGACUGAAAAAAAUAUUUUCAGCAGUAGCUUUAACAGCUACAUUAAUUAAAUUUAAAAUUCUAAUCUGUGUCUUUAAGCGUCUGUAUUUACAGAACUAUAAGUUCAACUAUGUUAAAAAGCAAUGAAUUCCGUUAUGCAGUAAGGUUUGAAUGUAGUAAUUAGUAAAAUAUCUGAUGAUGUAGGAUAGAAACAAAUUGAUUAGUGGAGUAAUCAGCUAGUUAUAGAUAGCAUCAACUUACUUGAAUAUGAAAACUAACUUCAAGUAAUUUAGUUAACUUACUUAAUUUUAUUACAAAUCCAGCAAAAAAUGUUAAAUGACAUUAAAACCCUUAUAAACUCUUAUACGCAAUAAAUUAUAUUAAUUUAUACACUUGGAGGUAUCUUUUACGCCUUAGCUUUCGUUAUAGUCUGCUUUUCUGUCUACAAAAAUAUUUAUAGAAGAUUUUUCCUCAUUAAAAAAACAGUUCAUUUAAUGCCUUAUAAGCGUUUGCAAGAAGAUUAAACCACUAUCAACCUAAUAAAAAAUGCGUUAGAAGGUUGA